UGAACUCCUGACCUCAGGUGAUCCUUCCGCCUUGGCCUCCCAAAGUGCUGGGAUUACAGCUGUGAGUCACUGCACCUGGCUGCUGGUGAACUUUCAUAGUUGCCCUUCAUUUUAUUCAGACUGGCCAGGUAUUCAAGAUUCUACUUUCUGCUGCCAAUUUUUUUUUUUUUUUCUUCUCUCCCAUGAUUUCUUCCUCCCUUCUGCCCCCAGGGCCCUUCAGGUCAAGCCAAGCUGGCUCACUUGGUCUGUCUCCUAUGCAUGUCCUGGGCUUAACUAUUUCUUGGCUGUCCACCUGCCAUCCUAGAGUGCCCUCUGGACUCUUGCCUGGUGGGACUUGCUGACAAGGUGGAUUGGUGCUCCAAUGACCCUAACAAAACUCUGUCAUCUAUCUCAUAUGGAGGCCUUGCUGACCCAAUAGAAACGUUCCCUUUAUAUUCCCAGAGAAGAGCUCUGUUCUGUCUGCUCUCCCGAAGUCCUGACUUGCAAGGGCACUGGAAGGCGGGUGGGGAGGGUAUAUGCAGCAGAAAUGAGGGGGCCUUAUUUUUCUAAUCUGUUUAUUGUACUUGUACUACCACAUGGCCUCCUAAGAUUCUUCUACUUCUGUAGAAAGUGUGAUCCUCUUUAGAAAGCCUCUGGCAUUAAGUCAGGAGUAAAGAAACUUGUGAAACCCCAUGGCUUCUGCAGGACAACUCCUGUGUAUCAGGGGAGGAAAGGCUCAGAUGCAAGCUUGGCAAAAGCUUUUUGCUGGAGAAAUCUCUGGGAAAAGGGAUGCUCAUCAAAUGCUUGCUGGGAGUGUCCAUGGGCAAGGUGCAGCCACCCUCUCCCUUGACCUUGACUUCUUUUCCACCUUUUUGUGACCUGGCUAAGUCAACCUUCCAUGUGGUCCUUACAACGACUGGAGUUAAGUUGACUAUGAUUCCCUAUUCUAGGUCAAGACUAAUGUCUUCUGAAGACUUAGCAGAGAUCCCUCAACUCCAAAAGCUGUCUGUCCCACAUAGCUUCCAGAACAAGGAGGCUGUUAGCUCCCCAACACCAUCCAUCACCCUUAGCCAGGUGCCCGACCUCCAGCCUGGGUCCCAGCUGUUUACUGAGAUACACCUGGCCAAGAUAGAGAAAAUGUUUGAGGAGGACAUCAACUCGGCUGGAGCCCUGGGCAUGGACGCCUUCAUCAAGGCCAUGAAGAAAGUUCUAAGCAGUGUGUCGAAUGAGAUGCUAAAGGAGCUGUUUUUGAAGGUGGACUCAGACUGUGAAGGCUUUGUCACCUGGCAAAAGUAUGUGGAUUACAUGAUGUGUGAGUUCCAGGGAAAAGAAGACAUGCAAAAGAGCCAGUACCGCCUGCACUUCUACCUUCCCAUGAGGGUCGUCCCCCUGAACCAUGGCUGUGAGGUGGUGAAGGUGGUGUUUUUAAUCCACCGGUUCAAGAAGAUCGGGUGUUUCCUGACUGUCACCAAAGACGGCAUCCUGCAGUUCUGGUCUGAGUCCUUCUCGCUGAUCAGCUCCUUUAGGCUUAACCAGACCCAGCAGCUCUACAACCAGCCGAUGUGGGUCGUCGACAUGGUAUGUCUGCACAAUAUGAACCUCAUUGCAGUUGCGUCUACCAAGCAGAAGAUAGAUUUCUUUGAUAUUGGUGACCGCAAAUAUGUCCCGGCCUUCACCUUUAUUGAUCUGGACAGCUGUGCCCUGGUCAUGGACUACUGGUCUGACUAUCACAGAGGUGUAUUCUGCUAUGGGGACGCCAAAGGCAAUGUCAUUGUCUUCACCUCCGAAAACGUGACCAGUGGGCUGUUCAACCCCCGUAUUCUCCCCAGGGCCUCCAAGUGGGAUCACUGGAUCAAAGUUUCCAUGCGUAAACUCUUAAAUGAGAAGUCUGCUUUGUAUAGAAGCUACCGGCUGAAGGCUCUCCAUCCCAACUGGUGUCAGCAGGUCAAGUUCAUCCCCCAGAUGAACCUGGUGGUCUCCUGUUCGGCCAUCGAGAAGUCCUCUCUGGUGCUGACAGUAUUGCCAGCCAAAGCCUCUGAAAAACCCAAGUUGUCAGUGCUGCAUGUAAGGAAAGGGAUUCUUUGCUUUGAUUACUGCCCAGAGAGGAACUUCCUGGUGACUCGUGGCUACGAUGCCUUCAUCCGCCUGUGGAACCCCUUUGUCUCAAAGAGGCCCGUGUGGCUGAUGAAGGGACACCAGACCUCAGUGACACACAUCCUCGUGGACAGCAGGAACAGCAGCAUCCUCAUCAGUGUCUCCAAGGACAAGAAUAUUCGCGUGUGGGACAUGCUGGACUACAUAUGCCUCCAGUCCUUCUGCGGGAAGUUUUUGGCCCUGGGAAACUGCCCCAUCACCAGUGCCUACUUCUUCGAGAAGGACAAUACCCUCAUCUGCAGCACCUACUCAAUUGGGAUCCUAAAAGGGUACUUAGAGGCCCAGGGGCCUAUCAAAGCAAGGAAGAGGCCCACUCACUGCUCACCCCUGUGUGCUGUCCUCUACAGCAAGAUCUUUAAGCAGGUGGUGAGUGGCUGCCUGCGCGGCACCGUGAGUGUGUGGGAGGUCGUGACGGGCAGGAAGACGAUGGAGUUCUCUGUGUCUGGGGGCCAGCACGUGGAGCUGACUGCCAUGGCCCUGGAUGAGUCAGAGCGGUGCCUGCUCACAGGUUUGCGGGAUGGCACAAUGAAGAUGUGGAACUACAACAUUGGCAAAUGCCUGUUGACCUUUCCCAAUCCGGACCAGCUGGAGAUUAGUGGGAUUAUCCAUAUGAACAAAGUGUUCUAUGUGACAGGAUGGAGUAAGAGAAUCACGCAUUUUCUGUUCCACAAGACCAAGCCGGUGCUCUUAUGCUACCACUGGCAGACCUACCACACGGAGGACAUCCUGAGCAUGGCCAAGUACCAGAACCAGUUCCUCGGGACCUCCUCCUACAGUGGGGACAUCCUCUUCUGGAACACCGGCACACUCAAGCCCAUCUUCAACUUCAACGCCUCUAGGAGUCCCUUGCCCUUGCAGCCCAAGAGGAAACCUUCCAGUGCUGCUGACACAUCCAUGCAGCCAGGCAAGAUCCACAGCAAACAGUCCAUUUACAAAGAGGAUGAAACAAGAAAAGCAGAAUUGCAGAAGAAUAUGUUGUUUCAGUCCAGUGCCUCGGUGGAGAAGAUAAUCUUCCUGCAGACCAGGCCUCGCCUGCCAUACACGGCUGCCCUGCUGAGCAGCUGCAUGGACGGCUACAUCUACGCCUGGUCCCUCCACGGGAGCGGAGGCCUGCUGGGGAAGUUCCCUGUGGACCUAGACAAUGAAAAUGUUGUUGUGGGUGCCAUGGCCACUGAUAAAAAUGACUGGAUCCUCAUCACGGGGGAUUGUAAAGGAUACAUCAAGAUCUGGGACAUCAAGGAUUACUGCAUGUUGAUUGAUAAACAGCCAUUCCAAUCCAGUGUGGCCAAGGUUGUCUCUGAAGCAUACAACAAGUUCCGGUUAUUAAUUCCUCAGCAGCUUGGGACCAGCUUCCCGCACUACAUUCCCUUGGAGGAUAAAGAGGUUGUGGCUGGCCAUACCAUUUCCCUGGUUCCCCCCACGCUCCUGAUUACCUGGAAGGGCCAUUUGGAUAGUGUGGCAGACAUCCUGUAUGUGGACAACUUCCAGUUGGUUAUCAGCGCUGGCCAGGACCGGGACGUCAAGGCUUGGAAACUCUCCGGUGAUGCCAUUGGAACAUUUGGCCUGAGUGUGUGGAAAAGACUACAGGAUGCCCGUGAUGGUCCUCAUGAAAACAGAGCAAGCUUAGAGGAAGAGGGCGGCUCCACUGGCACCACCCAGAAGGCCUUCCAUCUGGAACUGCAGGAGCAGCGGGAUCUGGCUGAGGCCCUGAUAUACCAGCGGCGAGAGCAGGCGGCGCUGAUGGCCCUCCUGCAUGGGAAGGCAGAUAAGGAGACAGAAGCUUGGGCCAGGCUGCAGAAGAUGGCCCUGAUGUCCCCAUGGGCUGGAGAGCGCCCCCUGGAAGACACUGAGGACAGCUGGAGCAAGUGGGAGUCCAGGGACAAGCAGGUGAGCAAAGUCUUGGGAGCGGCGUAUAAGCCCAAGGAACGCUUGCGGAAUACCAGGUUCCUGUCCAUGAGGGUGCCGUAUGGCUGGAUGAAGCAGCAGAUCUCGCCUCAGGUCUACCAAAGCCUGCACUUCAAUGAUCUGAUGCCCACCCAGCAGCCCGACUUCCUGACCAGCAGGGGCCCAGACCAGCAGGACCAGCACAUCCGCCUGGUAGCCCACGAUGUCCAGAAGGACCUGGUGCCCAGCAGGGAGCAGGCUGUGCUGGAUACCAUGGACAGCACGCCUGCAGCCACCUCCUCCCCAUCUUCCUUGUUAUCUGUCACCGCCUCAGCCUCCAGGCUGCUGGACUCCAGCUUGCCUGCCUUCCUGAGGCCCCAGUUCUCUUUCUUGCUGCGGCCCCAGUCGGCCUCCACGGCCCAUUCCACCCCCUCGGUCCCAUCCCCAGUGUCCAAGUCCACCCUGCAGAGGUCAGCAACCCCCAAGCACAUUGUCUCCUCCCUCGAGCGGCCCCCAAGGCCUCUGAAGGCCACCUUCAUGUCCUCUGUGAAGGAGGGCUCCCAUGUCAGGUUCUGAGGUGCUCUGCCAUCUUCUCUAGUCCUGCAGCAGGGCCACCAGGCCCAUGGCGGGCCUGCAUGUCCCUGGCUUAUUCCCUACCAGACCCAGAGGAUGUGGCUCUUCCCCCGGCCGCCCCACUUGCCUCUCUGGGGAAGUCCACCUGUCUCCUAAUCUUAUCUUCUCUCUGGCCCUGCACAGAGCCCUGGGGCAGAAAAUAAAUGUUCUCAGCUGUGGGCGUUCACAGGCGA